GUUAAUAUUUGUCGGCGCAGAACACUAUUUGUGGUUAAAAGAUUUGCAAAAAUAAUAGAUUUUUUCUUUUUUUCUUUUAAUUUGUUUCAAUUUAUUAACAAAAUAAAAUAAUAAAAAACAUGAAAUAUUUGUAAAGUGUAAAUAUUUAAAUAUACAUAAUAAUGACUAUGCUCGACAAGUAUUAUGUAUUGUCGUCCAAGUGACAACGCCAAGAAAAGAAAAAAAUACAGAUAAAGGAAGUAAAUGCAAGAAGAAUUAUCACAAUUAUCAUAAGACCGUGUACAGUGCAGUGAUUCAUUAAAUAAUUAAGCAUAUUUAAAUACUAAACAGAGCCGAGUCGAGCUGAAUACAAAACAACAAAUUUUACGCAGUGAAAGAAACAAUGUCAUCUAUACCAACACCUGUGUUUGGAUUUGCGAUAUUCUUUUUGUUGUUUUGGUGCGGUACCUGGUGUGUACAUCUAAUGGCUAUAUGUUAUGGCAAAUUUAAACUGCAUAAAAAGUCGUGCAUGUUUCCAAAUGAGACACCACUACCGGGUGUUUCAAUUAUAAAGCCUCUAAUGGGCGUUGAUCCCAAUUUGGAGCAUAAUCUAGAGACCUUCUUUACCAUGGAUUAUCCUGUUUAUGAACUGUUAUUCUGCAUAGAAGAUAAAUCAGAUCCUGCGGUGAAAUUAGUAGAGAGCCUAAUUUCGAAGUAUCCCACAGUGGAGGCUUCGUUAUUUUUGGGUGCCUCAAAUGUGGGUGUGAAUCCCAAAAUUAAUAACAUGCAACCCGGUUAUGAAGCUGCCAAAUAUGAAUUUGUUAUGAUCUCCGAUAGUGGCAUCAAAAUGAAAAAUGAUACCUUGUUGGAUAUGGUGCAUAAUAUGGGUGAGAAAUAUGCAUUAGUGCACCAGAUGCCUUUUACGUGUGAUCGUGAAGGUUUCGCAGCCACAUUUGAAAAGAUUUUCUUUGGCACUGUACAAUCAAGAAUAUACUUAUCGGCCGAUUUGUUGGGCAUCAAUUGUCACACGGGAAUGUCCUGCCUUCUGCGCAAGUCUGUCAUCGACUAUUUGGGAGGAUUAAAAACUUUCGGCUGCUAUUUGGCCGAGGACUUUUUUAUUGCCAAAGCCAUUACAGAACAAGGGUGGAAAAUGCGCAUUAGCAACCAGCCUGCUUUACAAAACAGUGGCUUUUGUGAUAUUAGUAGUUUUCAGGCGCGUCUUAUUCGUUGGGCCAAACUUCGGGUGGCCAUGGUACCCACAACUAUACUACUGGAGCCUUUAUCCGAAUGCAUGGUACUGGGGGCAUUGGCCUCUUGGUCGGCUUCUCUCAUUUUUAAAUGGGAUCCUUUGGUAUUUUACUUGGUACACAUUCUAACAUGGUUUCUAUCGGACUGGCUGCUGCUGUCGAUUGUUCAGAAUGGUUCGUUGCCGUUUCAUAAAUUCGAAUUCGUUAUUGGUUGGCUGUUUCGCGAGUUAAGUGGCCCCUAUUUGUUUUUGCACGCCUUAUGGAAUCCAGCCAUAAGAUGGCGCACUCGCACCUAUAAACUACAAUGGGGAGGAGUUGCCUAUGAACUGCCAGAUACAAAUGAUUCCAAUACAAAUCCAAGCAGCAAACGUCUCUUAAUAGCAUCGUAGCAUAAGGUUUACUCAUCAUAUGGACAACAUAAGUUUACUAACUACCUAUUCCUGGGUACAACAAAAACAACAACAUAUACCAUACGAAUUAUCAGCAUUUUUAUUAGUCGGCAAAUCAUUGUUAAUGUAUAAUAAAUAGUGCGAUGUAUGUCGUGUUAUGCCGUGAUUAAGAUGACAGAUAAAAAGGUUAGACUAACUAACUACCGUAGAAGAUAAUUAGACAGACAGUAUUCCUUAACUACUCAAUUUAAUUUGAAAGUAUUUAAGCUCAUAUUGAACCUUUUUUUUACUUUCUCUCACUUAAUUUCGUUUUUUUUUUACAAAAAAUUAAAGAGAAACACUUUUGUAAAUAAAAAUAAUUUCCCCUUUUUUUUAUAUUUUUAUUAGUUUUCAAUUCCUAAAAACUUAUACUACUAGCUAACCUUUAUAUCUAUCAUUUUUCGUAUGAUUUAAUUUAUUUAAACUUUUAGUUUUAUAUUAAUUUUAAUAAGUAGGCAUAAUGAAAAGAAAAUAAAACUAAAAAAAAGUAAUAAAUAUUAACUAUAAUAAUAUACCAAAAUGUUAGAAUAUUAAAAUUAGAAAUAUCUUUUAUAUGUAAAACUGAACUUUUGUAUAAAAUAAUCAAAAAAUCCUUGCUUGAAUCCCAAAAAAUCUCAUUACAAACAAAAUUGCUUUAAAGUGAAGUAUAUAUGUAAGUUCUUUUUGGUAGUUCAAAGGACUAUUUUUGUGAGACAUUUUUCUCUAUUAAAAAUUUAAGUUAAUAAGAAACUCGAAUAAUUUUCAAAAGAACACAACACUGGCAAUAAUAUAUUAGAAAAUCUAGAUAAAAAAAGGCAUCACCCUUCUCAACUUCUACUCCAUUAUUAUAGAGUUAAAGAAAAUUCCGAUUAAUGUAUAAAAACGACAAUUUGGUAAAAAUGAGAAUUACAAAAAUAAA